AUGGAGGCCGCCGCGCCGUCCCCAACCGACGCGCCAGAGCCCGCGGCGAAGCGCCAAAAGGUCGACGCAAGCGCGCUCCCUACGUUGAAACCCUGGAAGACGAACGUCAGCGUCGCCGUGGCGUCGCACGCGGGCAAGCGCGCGGCCAUGGAGGACGCGCACUGCGUCGUCCACGCGGACCAAUUCGCCGCCUUGAUCGCCGAGGCCGGCGGCGACGUCCCCGCGGGCGCGCGCGUCGCGCUCUACGGCGUGCUCGACGGCCACAACGGCAAGCGCGUCGCGGAGCUCUGCUGCCGCAGAUUGCCCGCGCACGUCGCGCGCGAGCUCGCGCUGCUGCUGCGCCAGCAGGCCCGGCAGCCCGCCAAGGCCGCUUCGGACAAGGCGCCCGUCCACUGCUGGCACAGCAAGAAGCGCGUCGAGGCGGCCCUGCGGCGCGCGUGCGCGCGCGUCGAGGCCGACGCGGCGGCGUCCGGGUUCGACGCCGAGGGCUGCUGCUGCGUCGCCGCGCUGCUCGUCCAGGACGAGUGCCACGUGCUCAACCUCGGCGAUAGCCGCGCCGUGCUCGUGCGGCGCGGCGACGAGGCGCUCGAGUCCCGGGACCGGUGCGGCGACGGCGACGUCGGCGGGCCCCCGGGCGCGUCCGCCGCGCACCGCUCCAAGUUCCCCUGGGAGCUCGGCGCCCACGACGGCUUCCCGGCGCCGCCGCCGGCGCGGGCCCUGGCGCUGACGACGGACCACCGCGCGUCCGCGCCCGGCGAGCGGCGCCGCAUCGUCGACGCGGGCGGCGCCGUCGACGCGGGCGGCCGCGCCGCGGGCAUGAUGGAGGUGUCGCGCACCUUCGGCGACGCGGCCAUCAAGAGGCUCUGCGGCCGGCCCCAGGCCGACGCGACGAAGAACGCCAUCUCCGCGGAGCCCGACGUCCGCGUCAAGCUCACGCUCGACAGCGCGCGCGACGAGCUCCUCUUCCUCGCCUGCGACGGCCUCUGGACGCGCUUCAACCCCGUCGACGCCGCGACCUUCCUCCGCACGCGGCUCCUCGCCGACUUCGCCUACUCCGCGGACGGCAACCGCCGCGCGUGGGGCGACCUCGACAAGGCCGCGAGGGCCCUCGUCGACGACGCGGUCACGCACCGCCACUGCACGGACAACGUCUCCGUCGUCGCGCUCCGGUUCUCGCCGCGCGACGACGCCGCAAUAACUAGUGCACCGUCGGAAGUUUUUCCGCGACAACUUGAUCGAUCUUCGAUGGCUGCCCCGUCUCUCCGCGUCGCCUGGGUGGGCCUCGGCAACAUGGGCUCGCCCCUCGCCGGGCGCGUCGCGAACUACGUCGCGGGCCAGGGCGGGACCAUGGCCGUCUUCGACCUCGCGGCGCAGGCGCGGUCGGCCUUCGUCGCCGCCCACGGCGGCGUCGCCGCGGCGUCCGUCGCCGAGGCCUGCGCCGACGCGUCCGUCGUCUUCCUCUGCCUGCCGACGUCGGCCCACUCGAAGACCGCGGCCCUCGAGGCCGACGCGUCGCUCGCCGCCGGCGCGACGGUCGUCGACGUCACGUCCGGCGACCCCGAGGAGAGCAAGGCCAUCGCGGCCGCGCUCGGCCGGAGCGCCUACGUGGACCUCGCCGUGUCCGGCGGCCCCGCCGGCGCCGCGGCGGGCACCGUGAGCGUCAUGGUCGGCGGCGCGGCCGCCGACGUCGCCGCCGUCGAGCCGCUCGCGAGCCAGUUCGCCGGCAAAUUCGUGCACCUCGGCGGCGUCGGCGCGGGCCACGCGGUCAAGGCCGUCAACAACACGCUCAACUCGCUCCACCUCGCCGCCGCCGGCGAGGGCCUCGUGGCGCUGAAGAAGGGCUACGGCGUCGACCCGGCCAGGGCGCUCGCGGCGAUCAACGCGGGCAGCGGCAAGUCGCUCCAGACGGAGGUGCGGCUGCCCAAGGAGGUGCUCACGGGCGACUUCGACUACGGCUUCGCCGUGGCGCUGAUGAAGAAGGACGUCGGCAUCGGCGCGGCCCUCGUGCGCCGCCACUGCGCCGGCGCCGUCGCGCUCCCCAGCGUCGAGGAGACGCUCGUCGGCGCCGUGGACCGCCUCGGCCCGGACUUCGACUACACGGGCAUCGUCAAGCACAUCGAGGAGAACAACGGCGUCGACCUGCGGAGCGCUCAGGAGUAG